GUUGCGCUCACUGUACAGUCAACGACGCUGAUGUUGUAAGUAUGAACCGCUAAUAUAAAGUGUGUAUAGAAUCGCCUUACAACGUUUCCUACAAUUUUGCUUGUUUCAUCAAUGCCGGACAUUCAAAAAAAAGCUCUAACGGUUUUAAACGACCUGCGUUUUCUUGUAACUGGUGAAAGAAACGGGGUUUGAAAAUUAAGUGCCCUUAAAUAGUACGCUGUUCCACACAUUUGAAUAAAGCUCAACCAGUUUAGUUAUGAGGAACAUGGAAAUCACGGAUCAAAACACUGCACACUUCAGGGAUGACCAUCACUGGGUGGAGAAACUCUUCCCUCCUCGUUUCACUUUCCAAAACCUGCUGGAAGACCAGACCAACACAAACAAACAGUGCAGCAGCUCAAUGAAACCACCAUCAACCCUCUCCACAGACAUAGAUGAACCCCAGAGGAGCCACAGAAGGGAGAUAUACCUGAGAGCUUUGAAAGAUGUUCAGCAAACUGAGCGACUGCGCAAGAAGGAGGCCCUAGAUAAGAGAAUUAUUAGGCCUGUCGAUGAAGGAGAGACCUCUGAAAAUCCUACUGACCAGAGCAAGACUGCGGGACAGAGGUGCAUUUGGAAUGAGAGGGACAUCACCAAAUUGCGGGCUGGUUUUGAAGAAGUGAAGAGGGACAGAUGGCGACUAAAGCAACAGCUCAGUUGUUCAGAGGAGCAGCUUAAAGCAGAACAUGAGGAAAGGAUGAAGCUACAAGGCCUGGUGGAGAAGCUGGAGGAACAGUUAAGCCUUUCCAAAAAAAGGGCUGCGCAUCAAGCCCUCGUGAUAAAUGAUCUGAAGUCAGAGAGCCAAAAAAUGAACGCUCAGUUACAUAAGCUGACUAUACAGGUCAGGGAAACAGAAGAAGACGCAGACAGGUGGAAGAUGAGUCUGAGGAAAGCAAAGGAGGACAUGCAGCAGAUCACGCAGGAGCGCUCCAACCUCGCAUGGGAACUGGAAAGAGCGCAAGCGCAAUGGAAAUCUGAAGGAGACAGAAUAGAAAAAGUGGCUCGGAUAGAAAAUGAGGCUGUACUCCUGAGGCUUCAGAGAGAGAUGGAGCAGACCCGAGCUGACCUGUGCACCGAGAGAGAGAGUCACUCAAGGAGCCGCACAGCCCUCGAGCUCUUACGCAGACAUUUUAGCAGCCAAUAACAAAAGCGUGACUUAAAAUGCAGCCAUAUAAAUCAAGAUCACAUUUUUAAAUAAAGACAAAAUUGAUGU